AAGCAGCCUCUCUCUGCCAUACUGAAGCAGGUGUCCAACAUGGCGAACGCAGGCAGCGGCUCUCUCGCGACUAUUCUCUUUCUAUUCAUCUCUCAGGCGGCUCUUCACAAAGGAGCUGCACAGGACCCAGUGGUGAGUCAAAACUUGGUGACAGACAACGUGGCCGUGGUGGAGGGAGAGACGGCGAUCAUCAGCUGUCGGGUGAAGAACAAUGAUGACUCUGUUAUCCAGCUGCUCAACCCCAACAGACAGACUAUUUACUUCAGAGACAUGAGACCUCUGAAAGACGCUCGAUUUCAGCUGGUGAACUUCUCAGAGAACGAGCUGCGGGUGUCGCUGUCUAAUGUCUCGCUGUCAGACGAGGGUCGAUAUGUUUGCCAGCUCUACACAGACCCCCCACAGGAAGCCUACGCUGACAUCACAGUGCUAAUUCCUCCAGGAAACCCGAUCAUCGAAGCCAAAGAUGAGGUGCUAAGUGAGGGCAACGAGACAGAGAUGACCUGCACGGCCAUGAGCAGUAAGCCCGCUGCCACCAUCAGAUGGAUGAAGGGAGAUAAAGAGCUCACAGGAAAGCCUAAAGUUGAGCUGACCUACGACAAGAUGUACACAGUAACCAGUCGGGUGGCGUUCGCCGUCAGUAAGGAGGACGACGGCGUGCCAGUGAUUUGCAUCGUGGACCAUCCUGCAGUCAAGGAUUUUCGAGCGCGCAGAUUCCUGGAGGUGCAGUACAAACCAGAAGUCAAAAUCGUGGUGGAGUUUCCUCAGGGUUUGACGAGGGAAGGAGAGAAUCUGGAGUUGAUGUGUCACGCCAAAGGCAAACCCCAGCCACAGCGAAUUAACUGGUAUAAAGUGGAUGAUGAAGUACCAACCCAUGCUGUCAUCACUGGGAGUGAUCUUUACAUCGAAAACCUAAACAAGUCCUACAAUGGAACCUACCGUUGUGUGGCGUCCAACCCUCUGGGGGAGUCUUACGACGACUACGUCCUAUAUGUCUAUGAUGCUCCCACCACCACCCCUAUACCCACCUCAGCUAUCAUCACUACCACCACUAUCAUCACCACCUCCACCUCCAACUUUGAAGCCAAUCAAGACACUGCGCCCAGCACUGAACCUGCAGCUCAUGAUUCACGAGCCGGGGAAGGAGCACCCAGAACGGUGGACCAUGCCGUCAUCGGAGGGGUGGUGGCYGUGGUCGUCUUCGCCAUGCUCUGCCUGCUCAUCGUCCUCGGACGCUACUUUGCAAGACACAAAGGUACCUACUUCACGCACGAAGCCAAAGGAGCAGACGACGCAGCGGACGCAGACACAGCCAUCAUCAAUGCAGAGGGUGGCCACACCAACUCCGAUGAAAAGAAGGAGUACUACAUCUAAUCCAAACAGGACCCCCCGCCCCGCCCCCUCACUCCGGCGUCCUCCUCGGGGACGUGGAGCUGGUUUUUUUGGGGGAUGUGGGGCAAUGGUUUGACAGAGAGCUUUUAAUUUGGGAGAGUUCGAGAAGUCGAGGUGGGAUUUUUAAAGAGAGGCCUGGUUUUAAGCCGUCGUUUAGUCUAGUCUGCAGAUGUAGAUGGAACGUUUCGUGUGUUUAAAUAAAAACUCAAAACAGGAUUUAGAAAAAAAAGUUGGAGUUUUUCAGUAAAAGCGAGCGGAGGCUGGGUUGGGGGUGGGAGGGUGUGCUAAGCGUUGCCAGAAAUCACUGUAGAGAGCUUCACCAUUCAACACCCCUCCCCCCAACUGCUGGUUCAAAUUUUAUUUACUUUCACCAUUUGCAGAAAAUUCUGUGCCUUGUUCUGAUUCUUUUAUUUUGUUCCCUCCACAAUUUGCAUCUGUGUUGAUCAUCAUUUGCAUAACUUCUUUGCUCCCUCUUGUUUCGUUUUUUUUUUUUUUUUUCUUUUUUCAUCUCAUUCACAUGGUAUUAUCAGUGCGCUGUCGGCUUUUGUACGAGAGUAAAACUACACAGCCACUUUAUUCAUCUCUCUAACCRCGUCUGCACUCACAAAUCCUCUCCUGCAUAACAAAAACUCUUUCCAGUAUACUGUGAUUUGUCUCAAGCCAUUUCUUCCCUUCUCUUUUUCCCCCCUCAACUUUGGACAGCUCCAAAAAAAAGACAAAAAAAAAGACAAAAACAAACAAAAAAAUGAAAUGCAUGGAAUGCUUCAUUGUACAAAACAGCAUAAAUGAGACACAGGUUUGUUGUAUCGGACCGGACUUUCAGCCACCAAAACCCAAACAAACAAGAGUAAUGCGCGAUUUUUAUCAGGCCAACUCCUCCUCAGAGUCAACGUAUCCRUUCCCUAAAGGGACAGUUCGGAGGUUUUAAAGUCAGGUUCUAUUAAAUGSUUAUGUACAGUGAAUAUCUUACCUGUUGCAGAUAGCUCUUUAUCCAGCCUCCGUAAGGAGAAAGAGCUUAACGAUUUCUGAAAUGAUGAGCUAAUGGCUAGUCAGAGCAGAGCCACUGCUAACGUGAAUUACUUGCCUUCUUAAYGGGAUCCACAAUUACUUGUAAUGUUAGAAGUUAUUUGAUGAACAUUCACUGACAGUUUAGCCUGUUAACUUUUGUGCUAGCAUCAAGCUAUAUUUAUUUUAAAAAAUGUUUUUCAGAUUCAAAAACUUUUUGUUUUAAACAAAACUUAUGGCCCCAAUUUAGCUCCAUAGACUAGUCAUUAGGUCAUCACUCUUAUCAGAAUUAAGACUAAUGCAUUAUUAUUAUUAUUAUUAUUAUUAUUAUUAUUAUUAUUAUUCUUAUUAUUAUUAUUAAUAUUAUUAUUAUUAUUAUUAUUAUUAAUUAUUAAUUAUAUAAGACUAAUGCAUUAGUAGUGAUGCUGUUCAGAACUAUUCAACAGAAUCCCACUUUAAAAUGUCUGAACUGUCACUUUAAACAAAUUUUAUUUUUAUUUUUCCCUCAAUAUGCUGCCAUUUUGUUUUAGUUUCCUUUUGUUCUGUUUGGCUGAUAUUAUUUGCCUGUACCUACCAGGGUUUUUUAAGUUGUAAUGAUGAGUUUAAUUUCAUCUCUUCUCAAAUUGGGAAUAUUUUUAUUACAAAAAUUUUAAAAUUGAGAUGACAUAAUUUGCUUUAAUGCCUUUUUUGACUCAUUUUUAGACAGAAGGUUUCAGUAAUUAAAACAAAGUCCUGUUACAAAAAAA